CUCUCCAGACUUAGGACCAAACUGAACUGUCAGUACAGCUGAACAUCAUGGAUCAACUGGAUAUCUAUGCUAAUGUAGAGAGACCAUCAGCAAAUCCUGGCAAAAAGAAGAGUUUAGAAAUUUUUUCAGAAAGUAUUUAUUCAAAUAAAGACAACAUCCACACUCAGCCAAACAGAACUGGACCUGCAAUCUCAGGUGCUGGAGGUAAAAGAGUAAAUAAGAGUUCCUGCAGUGCUGCUGCAGUGUUUCUGGGUCUGCUGUGUCUUCUCCUCCUGACUGGACUCAUAACUCUGGUUUUCCUGUUCACCAAAGGCAAGUCUGAGUGGGAAAUGGAGAUGGUCCUGUUACACACCAGUUACAACAACUUGACCAAAGAACUAGACCAGCUUCAGACCAGUUACAACAACCUGACUAAAGAGCAAGACCGCCUCCAACAAAGAGUUGAAAACAUAACCAUGGAGACAAAUGAUCUUCAGAAAAAUCUUCAAGAUUGUGACCAACUAGGAUGGGUGUAUUUCAACAUGAGUUUCUAUUACAUUUCUUUACUGAAGAAGUCCUGGCAAGACAGUAGAGAUGACUGUCUGCAAAGAGGGGCAGACCUGGUGAUUAUCAACAGCAAAGAAGAACAGAAUUUUUCAAGUCAAUUCAAGAGGCUCACAUGGAUUGGACUGACCAACAAAGUUAAAGAGGUGACAUGGAAAUGGGUGGAUGGGACUUUGCCGACCACAAGCUUCUGGGCCAAAGGUCAGCCAGGUGGUGGAAAAGAUAGAAACUGCACAAAAAUAAUAAGCUCCAAUUUGGACAACAACUGGAAUGAUGAAUCGUGUAAUCUUCAAAACUUCUGGAUCUGUGAGAAGAGACUGCCUGUAUAACUCAGCAUCCAAACCUACAAGACAACACUAACAUAAUGCUAAGCAAGCUGCUGUAUAAACAAAGUGUCUCAUUAACAAACAUAACUGUAGAAAUAUUCAGCUUGGUUCACUGCUUUGAAUGUAAAGACUGAUAUGUAUUUGUGUUGCUGGCUGAGCUAGACUCACCUUAUUGUGAUCCUGUGACCUCACCAUGAUCUGCAACCUUUUCAUCACAAGCCUAUGAGCUGCUGCUGAAGUUACAUCCAAUUGGACCCUUCUGCAGUAAACAAUUAAUAUCCAAUGCCAAUAUCUAGUGCCAAUGCAGAAAACAUUGUGCUCUUUAGAUAGUGAGGUGUAAAGUGAGUAUAUGUGGGGAGGUCGGGGUGGUGGAUGGGUUGUAACGCGUCUGACAUUCAUGCUGGUGACCAGAGUCCUGUCCCGUCACAGGCACUCAAUUAAUGUUCACUAAAAAACUAAUCACCAACUUGUUUCAUAACAUUAACCUUGCCUCCCUGAUGUACUGACAAAUGAUGGGAAAACAUCUGCUUAAUGCUUUUCUUUGUUACAGUCAAACAUAAAGUAUGAUAGUAUAAAUAUAAAGUGUUUUCUAUAACUGUGUGAGUAUUUCUGUAAAUAGUCCAUCUUGAAGAGCAUCUAGUAGUCACAUUUUAUUCUUUAUUUCCCAAAUUCAUAUUCAAUUUUAACUCUGAUCUUAACUGAUUUUUCUGUGAUUAACUGCUUUCAGUUCAUUUAUGUCAGUUACGCAACAGUCUUAGUUUUGUUUUUUAGAGAUGUUUUGAUGAAUCUUGUCUGCUCAUUAAAGGAACUUGGAAAAUAA